AAAAACGUGAAAACAUGCACGUUUUUGUUAUGUCUCUUGCGGAAAUUUACCGGAUCUUGAUGCUUUGUGCUUGUUUGAGCUUUGCACCGGCUCAGCCAGGUAAGAUGCAAUACUUCAUACGAAUCAGUCAUUUUGACCUGCUUUUGAACUUACUUUGACUUUCCUGCUGAAAAAAAACUAUAUAUUUUAAUAGAUUUAAAGUGAUAGUUUACCCAAAAAUAAAUAAAAGAAGAGUUUGUUUCCAAAAUGAGAACUUCUUUUUCAAAAAUCAUGUUUUUAUUGUGUUAGUAAGCUGUAUUUUUUUAGUUAUUAUGGCUUAAAUGAAUACAAACCAACUGCAGUUUGAUUGAUUUUAAUUGGAAUGCACAAUAAAAACUGUGAUUUUGGAAAAAAAAAAACGGAGUUAUCUCAUUUUGGAAUGAAACUCUUCAAAAAUUCUGUCAUCAUUUACUCACCCUUUUGUCAUUUCCAACCUGUACGACUUACUUUCUUCCGCAGAACACAAAGGAAGAUAUUUUGAAAAUUGUUAACUGGACCCCAUUCACUUGCAUUGGUUUUGUGUCGAUGCAAUAGAAGUAAAUGGGGUCCAGUGCUGUUCUGUUACCAACUUUCUUCAAAAUAUCUUCUUUUGUGUUCUGCGGAAGAAAGUCAAAAAGGUUUAAAAUGACAAGAGGGUGAGUAAAUGAUGACAGAAUUUUCAUUUUUGGGCGAACUGUCCCUUUAAUGCUUAUAAUCCCUGGAAAUGAAAAAAAUAUUGGCCCGGUUUCACAGACAUGGUUUAUCUUAAACCAGGACUAUGCCUUAGUUGAAUUAAGAUAUUUAUGUCGCUUUUAUAAAAAUGCUUUAGAAGAAUACAUUACUGGUGUGCAUCUUGAGACAAAACAAUGGCACUGAUAUAUUUUAAGAUACUUCUGGGCAAGUUAUUUUCAGUUAAGACCGGUCACACAUUCAUUUUAGUCUGGGACUAGUCUUAAGCCUUGUCUGUGAAACCGAGCCAUUAACUUUUUAUUUUAUUAUUUAAUAUAGAAGGCCUACAGUGUCAAAAGAAUCCUAGAUGCUGUAAGAAUGCUUUAGUAUUUACUACAGUUUUUCACAAACUAAUACUAUAGAAUGGUGUACAUUAACAAAGCCUAGUAAUAUACAAAAGUAUACUAUGGUAUUUUUCAUGCGGGAUGGAAAUUGUAUUAGUUUAAAUGAAAACUCUAAUGGCCUCUGCAGGUCUAAUGUUUUCGGGCCUUGAUGGAGUGUUACAUGCUGGUUGGAAACUUGUAUUUGCAUUGAGAAUUUAGAUUUUUCCAGCAGGGUUUAACUGCAUUUAUGAUGUUACAAUCAUGAGCGACUAUGUGUUAAAAAUGUGUUUUGUUCCAGGUAGAAAACGUUCCUUCACUGCCAUUCAGGAUCAGGACACGAACAAUGUUACUGUUGACCAGAUCGCUGCAGAUACGCUCAAGAGCGGCCUCACGACCGUCUUCCUGCCUAUUAUUUACAUCAUCAUCUUUGCUUUGGGGUUGCUCAGCAACGCGAUGGCGAUAUGGGUCAUGGUCUUCCGGUCAAAGAAAAUUCACCCUUCUUCCAUCUACAUGGGCAACCUGGCGCUGGCCGACCUGAUGUUCGUGAUCUUGACCCCGCUGAAGAUCGCCUACCACCUGAAAGGGAAUAACUGGACGUUUGGGGAGGGAAUGUGUAAAGUAAUGGUUGGGCUCUUCUACGGCAACAUGUACUGCUCCAUUCUCUUCAUCAUGUGUUUGAGCGUGCAGCGUUACUGGUUCUGCGCCCACCCCCUUUCCCAACAGAGGAAAAACAACAAACUUGCCAUCAUCCUGUCUGUGUGCAUCUGGAUCUUUAUUUUGGUCAGCAGCACGCCUUUGUACCUGUACCAGCAGACUGUUCACCUGCCAGACAUGAACAUCACCACCUGCCAUGACGUCAACAGUAUCACCCUGGAGAGCCUCGUCACGGGCAAUGUGUUCCAGGAUGUACAGAAGCCCUUCUACUACUUCAUGGUGAUGGCAGGUCUGGUUUUCUUUGUCCCGAUGAUAGUCAUAAUCGUGGCUUACGUCCUGCUCCUCCGGUCGCUUGGAAACUCCGCCGUGGAGGGCAGUGCCGGAAAAAGCCGCCGGCGUGCCGUGUUCCUCAUCAUCACGGUGCUCAUCACAUUCUUGAUCUGCUUCAUUCCCAGUAACGUGAUGGUGGUUGUACAUUACGCUCUCCUGGCGAAAGGUUGGACUAACAACGGUUACGCCUCCUACAUCCCCGUGCUGUGCCUGGCCAGUCUCAACAGCUGCCUGGACCCUUUUAUUUACUAUUACGUGUCUGAGGAAUUCAGGGAACACGUCAAGAACACGUUACUGUGUCACAGUAAACAGUAAUGACAAUUUCCACAGAGAUUUGAUCGUAUUUUGCAAUGCAGAUCAUGUGAUUUCGUUACAUUUGUUUAUGCUUUGAAGGCUUACUGUAUAUUUGAUGUAAUCUUUUUAGGCCAUUAUGGGUUUAAACUUAGAAGUUUGGCCAGCUGUUGUUUAAAAUUAGAAAACAUUUUUCAGAUCUUUGAUAGUGUUUUAUGACAUCAGUCUGUUAUGUAACCAGAAUAGGGUCAGCAACUUAACAUUCUUGUGUUUCAAUCAUACUGUAACAUAUACAGUAGUUUUAAAUUGAUGCUGAUUUCUGCAUGUUCAUGUAGAUGUCAAAAUCCAUCAAUUUGUUUAAUUAAAGACACAUCACUGCUUUU